GAGCUCUACAUAACUAGAGAAAUGGUGGACAAAAUGCAAGUUGAUACCUCUGGUCAACCGUCCAGUAGCAAUGUUAGACAACUCCCGAUAAAUUUGUUCACUCGAUCAACGAAACAUGCUAUCCCACAAUCUACUUAUUUGAUACCUGGUUCUUGGAGACGGUAUCAACUUUCGGAACUGAUUAAUAAAGUUUUGAAACAAGAUAACGAAGGAAAACAACCUGUCCCCUUCGAAUUCAUAGUCGAAGGUGAAGUCCUUCGUGGGAGUCUGGAAGCAUGGAUCAAAAGUCGAGGUAGGGAUGAAGAGACGGUGGUGAAUGUUGAAUAUAUGGAAAGUGUCUUACCUCCGAAACAAGAAGGAACUUUUGAGCAAGAGGAUUGGGUUUCAGGUUUAUCUCUGAGUCGACCGGGUUUCAUCUUGGUCUCCUCAUACCUCUCUCAUCUUCGAAUCCUACCCCUAACAGGUCAACCUCUUUAUACCCUUCCCUUACCUACCGCCCUCGGUGCAUCAUGCUGCACUUGGAUCUCCCCUCCGUCAAUAACGAAAGAUAUACUACUCGCUGCUGGCGGUAUAGAUCGUUCAAUCCAUGUAUUCUCUCUCCCUUCUUUAACCCCAAACACCUCCACCCCGCCAUCUCCUCCACAAGAGAUUUACACGUUAAUGGGUCAUACAGCACCUAUCUCCUCUUUGACAGUUUCCAAAUCAUCCAAAGAACUCAUCUCCGCUUCUUGGGAUGGUAACCUUCAUCUUUAUUCUCUACCUUCAAGAUUGGAAGAAAUACAUCAAAUCCCCGCAGAACCAACAAAUUAUCUUCCCGGACAAAAGAGGAGGAAGAAAUUAGGUGAAGUACGUGGUCCCGUGGAAGGUCUCACAGAUGGUGAUAUAGGCCAAACGGGCUGGAGAAGAGCUCCAGAUGGAAUGAUGAGAGGUCAUAAAGGUCGUAUCGGUGGUGUGGUGUAUGAUAAAGGAUCAGAAGGGAGAGUGUGGAGUUCAGGAUGGGAUGGUAGUGUUAGAGGUUGGGAAGUUGAAACUGGUGUUUGUGUGACGUUGAGACAAGGUCCGAGUGAUAAAGCUGCGUUAUGUGUGGAUCAAUUUGGAGGGAAUGGGGUGAUUGUCACGGGAAAUAUGGAUAGGACUGUUUGUUUGUGGGAUACUAGACAAGGAACAUCCCUCAUCUCACAAACCCUCCAUACAUCCUCUCCAGUCCCUUCACUCCGUACUCACCCUACAUCAUCCUAUACCCUCUCAGCAAUCACUUACUCUGGUCAGAUCCAAAUUUGGGAUAUCCGAUCACCCAAAAACGCCUUGUUCGCAGUCCAGAAAUCACCUCCGAAACGUAAAGUCACGAAGAAUGGCAAGGUUUUGGGCGAAAGGUUGCUGGCUAUGGAUUGGGAUGGGGAGGUUGUCGUGGCUGGCGGAGAGGAUGGUGAGGUAGGUGUUUGGCGUGCGAGGGGGGAGUAG